AUAACUUCAAUAUAUCUUGUCUAUAAAAGAGCAUAUAUACUUCAUUGGUAUCAUACCAUGUACCAGAGUAAUUUGAUUCUUCCAAAAAACUCAACUAUGAGAAAUUUUCGUUACAACUAUACAGCAUUGAUCAUCUUUCUUGUGCUGCCUUGUUUCUUUGCAUGGGAGACGACAGCAUCAGCAAGAACAGAAGCUGAAGCUCUUCUCAAAUGGAAGAGCAGCCUGUUGAUGUUGUCUUCUUCUUCUUCUUCUUCACUCAAUUCAUGGUCACUAUCCAACCUAAGAAGCAUGUGUAAUUGGACGGGUAUUGUCUGCAAUGGCGGUGGAGCUACUGUUUCUGAGAUCAAUCUUCCUCAUGCUCAUCUCUCUGGUACUCUUUACCACCUCAAUUUUACUUCUUUGUCAAGCCUCACUGGUUUCAACAUCAGUGGAAACAACUUCAAUGGAUCAAUCCCUCCCGCCAUCGGUGAUUUGUCCAACUUGAUCUUCUUGGACUUGAGCAACAAUACGUUUGAUGGAAGCAUACCGCCACAGAUUGGGAAGUUGAGGGAGCUUCAGUACCUCUCCCUUUACUACAACAAUUUUAGUGGAGUUGUUCCUCAUCAGAUUGGAAAUCUUCGAAAGGGGAUUUGCCUACAUGGUUUUUCAAGUAUUUUAAAGCGAUGGCAAGUGUUGAUAAAUAUAUACCACAAGACGUAUACCAAGACACCUAUUAUUGCAACCUUAUCAACAGGGGUUGUUCCAUUAGUGCGCGUAUUUGCCAUUGAUCUCUCAAGCAAUAAAUUUGAAGGGCAUAUUCCAAAUAGCAUUGGAGAUCUUCUUGCAUUGCGCGAAUUAAAUUUGUCACAUAACAUGUUGGUUGGGCACAUCCCCAUAUCUCUUGGAAAUUUAUCCAUGCUUGAAUCCUUAGACCUUCCAUCAAAUAAAAUUAGUGGAGCAAUCCCUGGGCAAUUAGCAAGUAUUACAACACUUGAAGUGUUGAAUCUAUCACAUAAUAAGCUCAUGGGGUGCAUACCUGAAGGUCGACAAUUCAAUACAUUUGAAGCAAAUUCAUACCAAGGAAAUGAUGGAUUGAAAGGAAAACCUUUGUCACGAGGUUGUGAGAAUGGCCUAGCACCGCAACUUCCCACACCAAAGGAUCUCCACCAAGAAGAUGAUUCGAGUUUUUUUACCGGAUGCACUGUAAAAGUUGUGGCAAUGGGUUACGGUUGUGGUAUUCUUUUUGGAUUAUUCAUGGGAAGUCUCAUGCUCCUAACUGGAAAGCCAGAAUUCAUUGUAAGGUUUGUUGAAGAAGAAACAUACAGACUAACAAUGAAGAUCAAACGAAGAAGAUCAAAAACAAGGAGAAGAAACUAG